AUGGUCACCUUGCCUAUGCUCUCGAAGCCGCAGCUUACGCUCCCGUUCUCGAACACGCAUACGCUCACCACGCCCACAUCUCCGCUUUCUCCCUGCUGCCUCGCGCCGCCUUUCACCAUGUUCCUUCCCCUGCUUCUGGCUGUCGCCUCGAGCACCUACCUUCCUCACAUCACCCGCCGUCCUCCCUCGUUCUCCUCUCCCUCCCACGCCUCCUUCUUCCUCGUCUGCAUGGCCUUUGGCCUAUUACUGGUGAGCUUCUUCCUCCCUCUCGUGGCUGAUGCCGGUGCGUCCUUCUUCAGGUCUGUGAUGGACGAGGUCAACACCCGCCUGUUCGCGUCUUGCCCGGCUCGCGUGGAAUUGGUCCCCCUUCCCGUCACCCGGUACUGCACGCGUACCGAGCCUCUAUCGCCGCCAGCCAAGCCCAUGUGCGAUCCACCGCCCCCCGCUCUGCCGCCGUUCAUGACCGGAUGCGGAAUCCUGAAGGUUCCUGGCCGCCGCCCGCCAUCGCCUGCCACCCCUGCUCGGAAGAAGUGUGUCGCCUUCUCGUCAACUGCCAAGGUACACGAGUACUCCUACAUGAAGUCGAUCCUCCGCCCGACCCGCAGCUCGCACUUCGAACCGGACGACAGCUUCGUGGACCUCAUCGAAGACCCCAUCGAGAUUUGGUCGGCUCGCCUCCAAGUCAACAAGGAUCGUAAGGUCCUCCGCUUCGACCCUGCCCCGCAGAUCGAGCUCAUUGGUGACCUGAGGUAUGAGAAGUGGCGCGGUCCUCUCAUGGAUGAGGUGGAGGAGUUUGACAGGGGUUUUCUCAGGAGGGUGAAGUCGAGGGACUUGGAUGGCGAUGUCGAGAUGGACUGA